AGACAGAGAGAGAGAGGGAGAGAGAGAGACAGACAGACAGACAGACAGCGAGAUAGCAGAGAGCGUGACAGACGGAGAGAGCGUGACAGACGGAGAGAGCGUGACAGACGGAGAGAGCGUGACAGACGGAGAGACAGGGAGAAAGAGGAAGUGAGA